GGCGCGCAUGCGCCCAAGAGGAGGCACGGCGCCUUCCCGAGCGAAGGGCAAGACGGUAGCCGGGAGGACACCGGGAGGCGGACGGUGGCCGACGAGGUCGGGCAUGGAGCAUCUGGAGUGCUGCGCGAGGUUCCUCCGGGGGACGCUGGUGCGAGCGGCGGUGCGGCGCUACCUGCCCUGGGCGCUGGCGGCCUCCAUGCUGGCGGGCUCCCUCCUCAAGGAGCUCUCCCCGCUGCCCGAGAGCUACCUCAGCAACAAGCGCAACGUCCUCAACGUGUAUUUUGUCAAACUGGCCUGGGCCUGGACCUUCUGUCUCCUCCUGCCUUUCAUUGCCCUCACCAACUACCACCUGACAGGCAAGGCCGGCCUGGUCCUGCGGCGGCUGAGCACCCUGCUUGUGGGCACGGCCAUCUGGUAUGUCUGCACAGCUCUCUUCUCCAACAUCGAACACUACACGGGCAGCUGCUACCAGUCGCCGGCCCUGGAGGGGGUCAGAAAGGAGCACCAGAGUAAGAAGCAGUGCCACGGGGAAGGAGGCUUUUGGCACGGCUUUGACAUCUCAGGCCACUCCUUCCUGCUGACCUUCUGUGCCCUCAUGAUUGUGGAGGAGAUGGCUGUGCUGCAUGGGGUGAAGACGGACCGAAGCCACUGCCUCCACACCGCCAUCACCACCCUGGUGGUGGCCCUGGGCUUCCUCACCUUCAUCUGGGUGUGGAUGUUUCUGUGCACGGCCGUUUACUUCCACGACUUGUCCCAGAAACUGUUUGGCACCCUGUUCGGUUUGCUGGGCUGGUACGGGACCUAUGGGUUUUGGUAUCUGAAACCCUUUUCCCCAGGACUUCCUCCCCAGAGCUCUAGUUUGAAUUUGAAGCAAGACAGUUACAAGGAAUAAAAGAGAAACAAAAGGGGUGAUAGAUAGCAGGGCAAUGGCUAAUGUAUUUUUCAUGAUUUUUCUUGGCUACUUGACUAAAGUAUCAGUCCUCCUUCAGCGAGGUUGCUCACCAGGCGGUUUUGGUGAGUGGUGGUGGAGUCUGGGGAGGGACUUGAAUCCCCACACUUCUUGGCCAUGUCAUCUUGUGUCACAAACACCAACCACCCUUCCCAGUCGGGCACUUUUUGUCCCUGGCAAGACUUGACCUUAAUCUGGAAUGUCCCUUUUGUCCCUAGAGGGCAGAGCUAAGGCUCAGAGAGACGACAGAAUCAGGAAGGCCUCCACUGUGUGGCUGGAGGGGAGGCCAGGGCCUCAGCACCCUUCUCUGCCACUGUCAUUCUCUCCCUGAUUCUAGUCAUCUUGUGUUUUAAUGGCUGACUUAACGCUGUUAUUUAAUAAUAUUGCCCUCUGGUCAGCUUUGCGUAAGCAUUUAUUUCCAGCAGGGUUCUUUAUAAAACAACCACCUGCCUGAAGAUACUCUCUGGUGGUGGUAUUUGUUUAUCCUCAGAAUGUUCUAUAUCACAACUGGCUUGUGAUUACCUACCAAAACAGUUCAACUGGAGUGCCUCUGUGGCUGAGUAUUGGAUGAUUUUUGUGUAACGAACAUUGCCAGUUUUCUGUCUGUGUUGCCCAGUUUUACUGGCUUUUGGAGCAAUAAGGUUACCUUUUUUCCCUACUAUUUUGAGCAAACGCUUUAUUGUUUUCAAUAACAACUAUGGCAUUUGUUCUGUGUUGACAAAACUCCUGACGAUAACCCACAACCUCGAUGCUGCACUUUGGCACAUGUGUGGAUAGCUUUGAGGGUUUUCUUAGAACACUAAUUUACUUUUUAUAAACCAGACUCCUGGAUUAUGGUAUUAAACUCCCCCUUGCUUCAUGGGGCUGUUUUCUCUAUUAAGAAUAAAACCUGAAAGCAGACAUUUUAAUACUAACUUGAUGAAAUUUAAGCUGAGUCAGAGUAACUUUGCAAAAUGCAUACUUGCACUGAAACUUUCCUGACCACGCAUCAGUGGUGUAAGCUGAACGGUGUCCUUCAGACUCGGCUGAUAAGUACAAUGACCAGUCUGCUGUGGCCCAAGGAAUUUUUACAUUUUGGACAAGAUUAUGAUAAAUUGGAGGUGAAGGAAAACGUCUUCCAUUGUCUCUGAUGGCAGGAAGCCUACUGUUUGCAAAAAUGUUCCUGUUAAAUGUCGGCACGACUUUGGCCCUACCCUCCACCAGACCCAAACUGGGCCUGCUCAGCUGGCCUUGAAAUCGGUCUUUCCUUUCCCCUUUGCACACUUCUCAGUGUCCAACCUGUCCUUCUGUGGCCUGUCACCUUCACCCGCAAAGGUACGUUUACAUCUCUGUGAUAAGACACUCCCUCGCCACCCGUCAUCUCCACAGGUUGCAGGCUGUCUAUUUACUGUCUCCUUAGGCCUUUUGUACCCAGCCCUUCACAUUUUGGAUAAUCAUCCUGGAAGCUUCCUUGAUGCUCCUUCUCUCCCUCAAAGCUAAGCCUGACAAGCACUACACUUAACUGCCUUAACUCAAGCUUACGUGUUAGGAGCUUGAGGCCUGAAAAACCUUCAGGGUAAAUUGUAUUUCUUAUAAAGAUGUAUUUAAAAUAUAUAUUUGGUAUCCCACCAGGCUGCAUGUUAAUUUGUAUCGAUCAAAAUGUGAGGUAUAUACGUUGUACCGAAAGGUGGCAGAAAUGCUGGCUCUGAGAUUUUGGAGGUGUCACCCGUGGUGCUUUGGGACGUUGGGAGCAUUGGCAAGAUAUGACGGGCCCCAUGAGAUUUUUUUUGCCCUUUGGAGUUUUCGUCUGUAAACGGAGAGGUAGAGUAGGCGGGGUGGGGGGGGGGCUUGUUGAAGGGGUUGAAGUCUCUCCUGAGUUUCAUGUUCAGCACCAAAAGGCAACAGACACAAGGUGACUCUAUGUGUCUAUUUGUCACACUUAAAUACCCAGACGUUUCCCCCUGGCAGAUCUGAUUCAGGCUCAGCAUUAAAAUUAACUCUGUGGAAAGUGUCAGUUACCGACCCUUGUGUACUGAGCAGUCUUCUAUCACUUCCUGUUCAGUCUUAGCACCCUCGCCUUUUCCUUGGGAACGUGCUCCCUACCCCUCUGUGAGGCAGCGUGGUUUGGUGAAAGAGUUUGGGCUUAGGAAGAUGCGAGAUGUGGGUUCAAAUAUUGGUACCACCAUGGUGUCUGACCACAGGCAAGUUUCGUGUCCACACCUGGACAGUGGAGAUGAUACGUUAGGAUUACGGGAAAUGAUGUAUGUAAAACACCCAGCACAUGCGCUUAGCGGACCAAAAUCCCUCAUCUCCUUUUUCCUCACCUAAAGCCUUUAGAACUUCUUGGCUCCUUAGAGGAGGCAGGGAAACUAACAUCUACUUUUGAGUACCAUUUGGGGUCUGCGUCUCCUGUUGAAAUAGUCUUGUAUCAUCUUUUGAAAAGUGUCUGUUGUCCCCAGGUGCUGAGCAAGAGGCUUUGAAGGGCAUCUGUGAUCCCAGAAUACCACCAUGCUUGUUUGGCGUCUCCACACUGAGGUUCAUUCACUGACACCUCAUUUUCCAUGUGCAUCUGUCGUAGUCUGAGUACCAGAUUGUAUUUAGAGUUUGGCUCCUGCCACUGUUACAUACACACAGAUCGUGUGUGUAAACAAGCAAAUUAAGUAAACCGGAGAUAAUGAAAUCCCA